AUUCCUUCCGUCCCGGGCAAUGAGGAAUUGUUUUCUUUUUUUUUUUUUUCUUGAAUGCAGUAUUGGGGCUAGGAUUUUGGGGGUGUCGCUGAUUAUUUCUGGCUGUGAAUGUUUGGUAUUUGAAGAUUUGGAGAGUCUGGCCGUAGUCUUUCAGGCCGGGAGAGGUAGUGGACUCCCCGCGCUCGCUCCUCUGCCGGCGGGACCGACGGCCGGACUGCAGCGCCGGACCCGAAGAGGAAGCCGAGCGGAGCGCAGUGUGGCACUUGCUGGACCCCGGACCGAACCUCAAGGAGAUGACACCACUUAAUGGUGAAACCCGAAGCUGUAAGACAGUUUUCUAGACUUGGAAAUAAGUUUCUAUUAGAACUUCUUGGCUUUUCUCCUUUGGGUUGAAUACAGGCUGUGGCGCAUGACCAGCUACUGUCAUACCAUGCUUUCCUGUGACAUUUGUGGUGAAACAGUAACCUCAGAACCGGAUAUGAAGGCUCACCUGCUAGUUGUUCACAUGGAAAAUGAAGUUAUAUGUCCUUUUUGCAAGUUGUCAGGUGUAAAUUAUGAUGAAAUGUGUUUUCAUAUUGAAACUGCUCAUUUUGAGCAGAAUACACUAGAGGAAAGAAACUUUGAGAGGAUAGAUACAAUGCAGAAUGGAACUUCAAAUAAUAAGGAUAACAGUCUACAGAGUACAGUGGAAGUUAAUUCAAGUAUUCAUUCAGCUAGUGCAUCUAAUCAUCCAAAAGGUUCAGCUCAAAGCUUGCCUGAGGAUGAUACUUUAAAACGUAAAGAAGUUUAUUCAGAGAACUUAAGUGAAUCUAGAAAAUUCCAGAAAAGUAGGGGAAAACAGUCUGGCUUAUCUGAAAUAAAAGAACCAAUUUAUGAAACAAUGUAUAGUCCUCCUGAAUGUCCAUUUUGUGGAAAAAUAGAGGAAUGUGGUCAAGAUAUGGAAACUCAUGUGAAAACAAAGCAUGCCAGUCUUUUAGACACUCCAUUAGAAGGUAAAGUGUUCAUUUUAUUAUAA